AUGGCUUCACUUAUUUGAUUAGCACUUUUUGCUGCUGUGCACGGAAUAUACUUAAAAUGCAAUUUAAACAAAUGCUCACCAAUGGCUGUAACACACUACAUAGAGAGGAAAUGGUGUAUGCAGCCUAGACUGUAUGAAUUCUUUUUGCAACUUUGAUUCAUAUCUUUUGGAAAACAAUAAAGUUGAUUUUACAACAGACUGUGAAUUGUAUUUUAUAUAUGCUGACUGCGAACUUGGAGACCGUGGAAAUGGAGUUUGCGAUGAGCAGUGUAAUGCUGCUUAUCUUGGUUAUGAUUUAGCUGACUGUAGCUUUUGCGGACCAUCUUGUAAAUAUAAUUUAGGCAAUAAAGCUCAACUAGGAGGGACUUGUGACGAAGAAUGCAAUGUCCCUGAGUGCUAUUAUGAUAUGGGAGCAUGUAGAGAGUGCUCUGUUGGAUGUAAUAUGACGAUUUGAGGAAAUGGAGUAUGCGAUGAAGUCUGUAACAAUGUUGAAUGCAAUUUUGACAUGGAAGAUUGCGUUAAUUCGACUUGUGCUACAGGUUGUAAUACUUGGAUGGUUGGAAAUUCCAUCUGUGAUAAAGCCUGCUAUGUUGAAGAAUGUGAAUAUGACAAAGCAGACUGUACUUGUGCACCAUUUUGCACUGAUGAUCUUUUGAAAAAUGGGAUUUGUGAUGAAGUCUGUAAUAAUUUGAACUGUAAAUUUGACAAUGGGGAUUGUGGUUACUGCAAUUCUGAAUGCUCACUCUUCCGUUUUAAUAGCGAUUGGUUAAUUUUAAUUUUUAAUUUUAAUAAUUAAUAAAAUGGAUUAUUCACAUAGCGCUGCAAGGCGAAAAAUUAUACGAAAUGAUUGUUCAUUGAAGUUUUGAAGAGAAGAGGCAGCCGGAUGAAUUGAUAAAGAAGUAUUUGGUACAGUUGUUUGAUAUCAGGAAAGAGAUUUUGAGGAGAGAAAAAGUUGAACUGUAAAUGCACAGGUGAUUAUCGAAUUAAAAAAUUUAGUAAUUAAUAAAAUAUUUUUCAAUUAUAUUCAACUGUUUUGAAUAAUUUACUUUAUAAAUAGGAUUUAGUACCUUACUUCCCUCUGUAAGUGAACGAAAACCUAUUUUUUGGGAAAAAAGCUAUCCUCUGUGAGUGAGCAAAAAAUUUUUUAAUAUAAAAAUAUUUUGAUAUUAUGUGAUAAUUAUUGUAGCAAAGUCUUGAGCUAAAUCUGCUGAAUUUUAAACAACUUAAAUUACAUAAUUUUUAGUUCUCAAUUUUUGCGAUUUAUUAUUUUUUAAUUUAAAAAAAAAUGUUUACUAAAAUAUUAUAAAUUUUUUGCUCAUGAAUGGAGGGGAGUUUAGAAUAUAUCUAUCAUAUAUAAAUAAAAUUUAACAAAUUUCUUUGUUUUUUCAUUAUAGACUUUGAAGCUUCUAUAAAUUAAAAGCAUUUUUAAGCAUCAAAAUUAUUUUAAAAAUAUUUUUAAAAUAUCUAUAAAUUUGCUACGACAUGGGGAGAAUCAGAAAAAAUGCUAGCAAAUAAUGUAUGUGAUCCAGAAUGCAACACAAAAGAGUGUGAGUGAGAUUAUUAUGCUUGUGGAUGCGCUGAUGGGUGCGCAGUUAAGGAUUAUGGAAGCUGCAAACCUGAGUGCUUAGUAGGAACUUGCAAUUACGAUCGAAUGAGUAGUGAUACCAAAAAAUGGUGCAAUGAUAGAGAUCUAGUUUUAUUUACUGUUUAUCAGCAGAUGCUUGUAAAUGAUACAAGUUAUGUUGUAAGCUAUGAGAAAUGCUUAUCUGCUUCUAAUUACAAAUGCAGUCUAACAAUGGCUCUUGAUAUGAGCCAAUGUCACUCAGAGUGCUUAAUUCCUGAAUGUAAUUAUGGAUUAUGUAAUAUUAAUUCUUAUAGCUCCUGCAAAGCAAAUAUUCCAAGUUCUGGAUGAAAUCUCUGUAGAAUUUGCGCAGCCCUCUAAAUCCGAACGCCUAAAGCUGAGGGACUGCUGAUAGAAGCCAAGAGGUUCUAGACGCACGAUGGGCAGAAAGCCCUAGUAAGUGAUGUGUUAGUACGGUGACCCAGUUCGCCUACUUCCGGGAUAGCAUGACCAAGCCCCAUGACCGGAAGGAGCUGAAUGGUAGCCUGUGGCACUUAGGUGCACACUGGGAGCAGGGCAAGGAAAGCAAGCGAGGCGUCCAAAAGGCGAAGAAAAAGGACCUUCGGUCCUGGCCGGGAGCUACUCUAUAAAUUUAACUAAAGACUAAGUGAUGUGUUAUCGGCUAUAUCUAAUUAAAUUAAUUGAAAUUUGUGCAAGCUCAACAGAAACCCUAGGCGUAGCUUCAUGCAAUCAAUGUUUCGAUACAAGCAUUUAUUGCACGAAUCUAAAUUUAUUCGGUGUUUUUCUAAAUUAUUCCAACUAUUUACCAACAUUUGAUUUAUUUCCUCAUCUCUCCUUUUAUUAUGUAACUUCUAAACAAAAAAAUAGUUCACCUUCAGGCGAUGGAUCAAUAAAUUAUCCAUUUGAAACAAUAAAAUACGCGUUUUCCUCAAUAAAAACCUAUCAUAACAUUUUUCUCCUAAUGAACGAUGGAUCAUAUGAUUUAGAAAGCAUGGACUUAGGCAACAAUUUUGAGUAUAGAGCGUGAAAAAUAGCACCUCAAGAUGACAGCAAAAUUACCCUAUAUGCUAAAAGUUGAAAUUAUCCUUUGAUCCAAAUUUAUGGGGCUUUUGAAAUGGAAAAUUUAAUUAUUGAAGGAGAUAAUAAAGAGGGAAGUACUUGCAAAGACUCAAUUUAUUGCUCGUAUUGCUCAUAUAACACUUAUAAUAAAAAUGAUGGAUUUUACUAUAAUGAUAGAGGAGAACGUGUAUUAAGCAAUUUGCCAAACGACUUAUGCAAUAGUUUGUAUUCAAAAUAUUGGCAGAAAUAUAAUCGCCCACUCUUUCUCUCCAGGUCUGUAAGACCAAACGUUUACGAAGGCUGAAUUCCAUCUAUUUUCGUUUUUAGAAAUGUAAAAUUUAUAAAUCAUAGGACUGGCUACAGUAGUAUCAUUGGAGGAGAAGCUAAUUUAAGGCUUUACAACGUUGAUUUUGACAAUAUUUGACUAAAAUGAUACGAUACAGCUGCAGUGAUCUCACUUACAGGCGAAGAUUAUUCAAAUGCGGAUUUAAUAUAUAUUGGGGGAUCAGUAACCAGAUUAAAUAAUGGGUAUGAGUAUGAUGACCAAAUGGAGUUCAGAGGAUUUUUAUACUCACCUACAAUAACCUCUGUUUUAAUCAGAGACGUUGAAUUCAAAUAUAAUCUGGUUUAUAGAAAAAAAGACAGUAUAUAUGCCCAGGCAUCUCUAAUUUAUAUAAGUGCAAUAAAUUUUCUAAAAAUAGAUAAUUGCACUUUUAUGUAUAAUUACUGCGAGAAUGGAAUAAUAAACCUUAUAAUUAAAUAUGGAGUCUAGGUACUAUGGGGUCGGCUGCGCCGACUUCCUUCGAGCACAUAUUUAAUGAUAUCUGGCAAGGUUUGCAAAUACAGAAAUGGACAGCAACGCUAGCUAAGCAAGUUUGUAAUGUACAGAGCCUAGCCCUAGUCCACUUUUAGGAUUAGAUUUUACCUCGAGGGAUAAGGUGGGUUCAGGGUUUAGGGGGAAAAGCCCAGCAGCGUCUACAGGGAACUACUAGACCAUUCGCGCAUCUUCCUAGCGUGAAAUUAGGCUUUAAAUUUUUUUCCUGUUUACCGAUAGUCCACCAAUAUUCCAUUUUUUGAGGUCUUUCCGACAGGGCAAGGAGUAGAUCGAGACACAGAAUCCUCUUCACUGGUACCAUGGCAUUAUGUAGUGAAGAAGAGGAAAUUAGAGGGUCCUUGGUGACUGCGUUACCAAUAGGCAGAAGCCACAACCUACAAUUUAAGUUAAGGAAUAAUAAACCUCGAUUUGAGUGUGAAAUUUUACCCUGGAGGUUUAAAUGAAACCUAUUAUAUAUCUUACUUAUAUGAAGAUCAUCUUUAUAUAAAUAGUUCAAGAUUUAUUUCUAAUUAUGGAAAAUCUUCAUUGAUCGAUAUUGAUUUUUUUAAUUAUCUCAUAAAUAUCCAUUUUGAAAACUUAACUUUUGAAGGCAAUGGGAUAGAGCAGGGACCUGCAAUAACUAUUUCAAACUCAUAUAUAUUAGACGAAUACAAAGAUGGAACUGUAAGGCCUUAUAAAAUGAGCUCUGGGAGAACCUUAGACGCAAUUUUGGGACCAAGAUGAUGCAAAAUGGACAACUUGUCAUUCAAGAAUAAUCAUGGGGUUGGACUGAUAAGUCUGUCUAAAAUGGUUCAUGUCUCCCUCAAAAACAUUGCUAUAGAUUCUAAUGGAUCCCCAAAUGAAGAUAAAAAUUUAAACUCUUUACUUCUUACCUGUUUCAUCAGAAAUCAAGAUAUUUAUUUGAAAAGAGAGGCAGUAAACCAUAAAGCACUUGAUUGUGAUUAUAUGGUUUCUAUAUCAAAUUCAUAUAAUGUUGAUGUAUCUCCAGCUGCAAUUAUAAAAAAUACUUGUAGAAACUCAUCGCCAACUUAUUCAGUAGUUAGCUCAGAUACUGCUGACAUUGCCUCUGUAAACUGCUCAUCAAAUGUAGGGAAUGGUGCUUUACCAAUAUGCUUUUUAUUAACAGGAAAUUUUAUCAGAGUUUUGAAAAAUUCUUCGUUUGAAGAAAAUGUUAACAGCUAUGCUACAGGUGCUGGAGCAAUAGAAAUUAAAGACAGUCUUGGUCUGUACAUAAAUAAUUGCACAUUUACUCCUCCUCUUUGAUUUGAAACAAAAAAUCCUGUUCCAUUUAAUUUGGGUUUAUUUUUUUUAAAAAAAAAUAAACUGAACGCAAUAUUUUUGAGUUUUAAUUUAUUAUAUGAAGAAUUAAUUCAAAAAAAUCAGUGUGAAAGCUGUUUAAAUAAUAUCUAUCUCAAUUUUUCUAUUAAAUAUGUAAAAACUAAUUUUAUAAAAAAUAGUUUUCAAAUAUAAAAUUUCCUAUACAAAAAAAAUUGUUCGAAUUAAAAAGAGGUUAAUGUACGUAAAAAAAAUCGAAAUGAAACCAAUAUUUUGUUCCAAUUUAAAGGGUUGAGUUAGAGAAAAUACCGGAGAUUAUGGCGGUGCCAUAAAUGCAGCAAGCCAAAUGAUCUCUAUUGAAUCUUCUUUAUUUAAAUCAAACUAUUCUCCAAAUGGAUAUGGAGGAGCAUUACUCUAUCUUCAAACAUUAACAAGUGGCAUAAGCUUGUUUGAGAUAUCUUCAACAGAUAUCAGAAACAAUUCAGCUCUCUAUGGAGGUAGCAUUUUUAUUGCUCAACAGUGGACAGGAUCAUCAAAAACAGAUGUUUCAAUAAAAAGCUCGAAUUUUUAUUUUAACACUGCAUCUUAUGCGUCUUGCUUAUAUUUUGAUAGCACAGUAACCUUGGCAGAUUCUUCAGCUAUAUGAUAUUCCAAUUUUAUCGAAAACAGCUCAAAAAUUUCUGCAUGUGUCAUAUUUUACAGCAAAGGCAAUCUAAAUUUUUCAUUCUGCGAUUUUCUUACAAAUUCAGGCAGGCUAAGUUCUGCUCUUCAGAUAGAUAUAAGUGAUUCAACAGUUACUUUUGAUUCAUGCAAAUUUUCAAAUAAUAAAGGACUUUCAGUAAUACUUAUAGACAAUCAAAACAGCAUUUCUUAUAUUAAUACAAUGAAUUGCAUAUUUGAGUAUAACUAUGGGUCAGCCAUUUCUUUAAACUAUGACUCGCUGCAUGAUUCUGGGUCUAUUUUUCGGCAUAAUUUAGCAGCAUCUGGGUCAUGCUUGAGAUUGCAAAACUCUGCGAUUGCAAUCUCUGAUUCCAGCAAGUUUUUAAAUAAUACAAGCUCCACAAAUGGUGGAGCAGUUUUGUUGAGCUCUGCUUCAGAAUUUUAUUGUAGCUCAUGCAGGUUUGCAAGCAAUAAAGCUCAAACUGGAGGUGCAAUUUAUGCGGAGCAAGAUUCUGUGUUCUCAAUUUUUAGCUCAGAUUUUAACAAAAACUCAUGUGAUGAAGAUGGGUCUGCUAUAUAUGGAUUUAACACAAAUAGGGAAUCAUACCUCAAUUUCAGCAAAUUUUAUGAGAAUAAUUCGAAAAAUGGUGGAUCGAUAGUCUUCAUAAAUUCCAAAACGUUAAUUGAGUCUUCAAGAAUAUAUAGCAAUCAAGGUGGAAUUAUAUGGGUCAUCAAGAAAAAUCCUCAGGUAGGUUUUUCAUGCUACCUUUUACCGUCAAAAACGAUGGAAAGUUUUCCUUUUUUUUUUUGCAGUAGAAAACCCAAAUGGUUUUAAGUAUACAAGAAAAAACCUACCUAUUUUUUUAUUUCGAGUUUUACAAAAAACCCCUUUUUUUAAAAAUAUUUUAUCGUAAUCUAAUUAUUUUAGCUGGAGAUUUAACCUUAAAAAUUUAAUAUAUAAAGACUUGCUGCAAUUUUAAUUCUAAAACCAAAUGAGAGAGAGAAAUCUUUAUUACUUAAAGGCCUUUAUUUCAGGGCCAUGUCCCGAUUAAAAAUUUUUUAACUUUCUUCUUUUCCUAAAAUCUUUGGAUAAAAUUUUAGUAAAAUUUUCUGAACCCACGUAAUCCGCGAUUUUUUCGAUUUCUGAGUCUGAUAUGAAUUUUCUAUUUCUGAUGAAAUUUGAAUCUGAUCUAAAUUUUAUUUUCCUGAUAAUGUUUGAUUCAAUUUUAUUUUUCUGAUAAAAUUUGAAUCUGAUCUAAUUUUUUUUUUUCUGGUGUCCAGGAUUUUCUUAUCGAUUGUCUUCUUAUCAUCAAUGAUCACCUCAGUCUUCCUAUAUUUGAAGGUUUCCUGAAUAGGAUCUAUUUCAUCUAGUAUUUUUCCAUCUAAACGACUUAAAAACUCCAAUAUUUUGUCAUCUGUAUCAACAUUUUCUGUAUCACUAUCAUUUCAUUCAUAUUCUGAUUCAGAAUUAUCAAGAAGAAUAGGAAACAUUACUUUCCGAAAUCUUCCAUUAAAAUUUUUUUUUUAGAGAGAAAUCUUUAUUAAAACCAAAUGAAGAAAGAAAUUACAUUAUAUAUUUUUAACAUCAAAUUGUUUUUAUUCAAUAAUCGUAUUAAAACACCCUUUUCUUGAAAAAUAUUUAUCGAUCUAAUUAUUUCAACUGAAAUUUUAGUCUUAAAGAUCUAAUAUAUAAGGAUUUGCAACAAUCUAAAUUCUAAAACUUAAAAUAUAAGCCAAAUGAAAGAAAUUCCAUUGUAUCUUAAUCAAUAUAUUUUUUCGAACGUCAAAUAUUUUUAUCCAAAAAUCAGAUAAAACACCUCAUAAAAAUUGGAAAAUUAAUAUAUCAGCAAUAAAUAGAAAGGUUUAAACAUUAAUAAUUCAAAAUUUAGACUUCUCUGGCAAAUUAAUUUUAAUUGAUAAAAUUUGCAGAUUAGUAACUAAUAGUAAAUGAUUAUAGAUAUAUGUGAUCGAAAUAUUAAUCAAAAAUCUAGAGUUUUUCAUGUUGUUUUUUAUUCAAUAUUUCAAUCACACAUUCAUUAUUGUUUCUUAUGAGCUAGAGACCUAUCAGUUAAAAGAUCCAAAUAUAUUUUAUUAGGAAAGUUUAAAUCCUGGAUUAUUAGUAUUUUUGAGCUUUCUACUUAUUGCUAAUAUAUGAAUUUUUCAAUUUUUUAUUAGGCUUUUUAAUCUGAUUUUUAGAUAAAAAAAUUGAUGGCCAAAAAAUAUAUUGGUUAGGAUACAAUGAUUUCUUUCUUCAUUUGGCUUACCUUUUUAUGUUUUAGAAUUAAUCUUGCAGCGAGUAUUUAUAAAUUAAAUCUUUAAGGCUAAAUCUCUAGCUAAAACAAUUAGAUUACGAUAAAAUAUUUUCAAAAUUUUUUUUCCCUGCAAAAAUCGAUAAAAAAACAUAGCCAGUGUACUUUUGUUAAGACCAUUCAUUUUUUAUUACCUGGAGAAAAACAGAAUAAAACCCUCCGUCAUUUUUGACUGUAAAAAGCAGCAUGAAAAAACCUACUUAGUGUUUGGUCCUGAUAACCAGAAUUAAAUUGUCACUUUCAAACUUGAGUGUCUUAAAUUCCCAUUUUUCCAACCAGAGCUGUACUCUAGGCUGCUUUAUUUAUACUUCUAUUAAUAGUGAUGUUUACAUAAAGAAUUCUAUAUUUUCAUAUGGGAUUUCAAAUGAUUCAGGAGGUGCAAUAUACUCAUCAUCAAGCUCUGUUGAAAUAGAAAAUUCAGAAUUUAAAGAUUUAUCUUCCUUGAAUUCUGGAGGAGUUAUUUAUUCCUCAUUAGAUGUAUCUUUAACAAUAAAAAACUCCAAAAUUUCAGAUUCCCAUAGUUUGGAAGGCGGAAUUAUUUAUGCAUACCAAACACCAUUAACCAUAGAAAAUUUCACAUUAAAUAAUUUUUCAAAAUCUGGAAUAUAUGGGAGCUAUCUAGAAAAACUCGAAAUUUCAAGAUCUUCAAUGUCAAAUGGAAAUGGAAGAUUAAGUGGCGGAGUAUACUGCUAUUCAUGUGGGAACAUAAAAAUUAAAUCUUGCUCAUUCAAUAAUAAUGAAGCCUCACUUGCUGGAGGUGCCAUAUACUUUGAUAGUCAAACAUCACAUAGUAGCACUUAUGAAAUAUCUUCGUGCUCAUUUACUGAAAAUUCAGCAAAUAAAGGAGGUGCAUUAUAUAUAAAUGAUCUAAGUGGAUCCAUAUUGACAACAACUUUUACUAGUAAUAAAGCAAUUUCAAAUCAAGACUUUUAUGAGUCUGAAAUAACUGAGGGCAUUGGAGGAGCAAUCAAGCUGAGCUGCAUAAAAAGUGAAGAGUGCAAAUUUAGCAUUAAAUCAUGCAACUUCACUGGAAACUCCGCGACUUAUAAUGGAGGUGCCAUCAAUUGAGAUGACUGAAAACCGAAACUAAAUGAUAAUUAUUUCAUGAAUAAUGUGGCUGAGUAUGGAAAUGAUUACUCUUCCUACCCUAUUAAACUUAUGAGCGUAAAUGAAAAUGGAGAAUUAGAAGGCUAUAAGAAUAGAAGGAGAUUAGAAGAUAUCCCAAUCUCAAAUUUCAGUUUAUUAUCAGUUGCACCUGGACAAGAUAGCAAAAAGCCUAUAAUGGUUGCGCUUGUUGACAAUAUGAACCAAAUCAUAACAACUGACAAUGCUAGUCUUGGUGAAUUAAAAUCACAAAAUGUGAGUACAAUUAUAGCAGGGAUCACCAAAGUUAAAGCGCAUAAAGGUAUUUUUACUUUUUCUCAGUACAGAAUUUCGGAUGAGCCAGGAUUAAAUGUGACUAUUGGAGUAUUUACCUCUGCUAUUGACAAUAAUAAAAAAAUUAAAUCAGGUAAUCCAGUUUUUGAUCAAAAUUUGCUGAUUAAUAUUGAACUGAGAGUUUGUGAAAUUGGAGAAAUCAAGGCUGGAAAAAAUUGCGAAGUUUGUGGAUAUGGAUAUUAUAGCUUAGCAACUAUAGCAACUCAAUGCCUAGGCUGUCCAAGUUAUGCACAAUGCUUUGGAAGCUAUCAAAUGGCUCCAAAGCCAGGAUACUGAAGAGAUAAUGCUUACACAGAUAAAUUUUGAAAAUGCCCAAAUCAUCAUGCUUGUUUGGGAUCUCCUGAUCCUAAAAAUGUAUCUUAUACUGGUUUAUGCAACUUUGGAUAUAAAGGAAAUAAGUGCCAAUCAUGCAAAGCUGGAUUUUCUCGUACAAGUGCAAACAAAUGUGAAGAAUGCCCUUCAUUUGCUAAAAACUUACUCUUCCUCUGUGAGCGAACAAAAAAAAUUUUGUUCACUCACGGAGUGGGGUUAAUUUUUUUGUUUUUAAAUUUAUAUAUAAAUUUUAUACUAAAAUAUUUUUUUUUAAAAUUUAAAAAAUUCUGAUUUGUAAAAAGUUAGAAGUAAAAAUUAAUUUAAUUUUUGAAAUUUAUGUUUUUAAAAUGCAUUUGAGAAAUAGCUAGAGGUUUCAUUAUAUUAAUAAUCACUCAUAUAUCAAAAUUUUUUUCAUAAAAAAUUUUUUGUUCGCUCACGGAGGGUGGGUUUUAGGGCAAAAAAUUUGGGUUUUUUCUAAAUGGUUUGUUCGCUCACGGAGGGGGGAGUUAGCGAUUAUAAUAGCAAUCGCAAUUGCAUUAUUUAUAUUAGUCUCCAUUAUGGUAAGAGCAACCAUAAAGUCGGCAUUCAAGCCAAAGACAUUGACAUCAAUCUAUAUUAGAAUUUUGUUGAAUUAUUUACAAAUGGUCAUUUUGACCUCUACUUUCAAAUUGAAUUGACCUAGUGAAAUUUUAAAGCUAUUUUAUAUCCAAUCAAGCACAGAUUACAUCUAUCAGCAACUUUAUUCUUUCCAAUGCCUUUUAGAGGAUGAAAAUUCGUAUAGUAAGGUCUUCUAUAAGAGCCUCAUCAUGAUUUCUUUAAUUCCAAUACUCAUGGCCAUUUUAGCAAUUAUUAUUUGGAUUAUAAUCAAGCUUAAGCAAAGAUCACUUAACUCCCUACUUGUGUGAGCAAACAAAAAAAUUUGUUCUCUCAUGGAGGGGGUUAAUAUUUUUUAUGUAAAUUUUUUUUUUCGAAAUUUAAAAAAAUCCCUAAUUCGCAAAAAAUUGAUAUGAUUUGUAAAAUUUAUGUUUUUUAAAAUUUAAAAGCUGUUUAAAAUUCAGCAGAAUUAGCUAGAGAUUUCAUAUCACUUAUACAUUUAAAAUAUUUUUUAUUAAAAAAUUUUUUGUUCGCUUACAGAGGAUAGGUUUUACCAAAAAAUAGCGAUUUUUCCAAUGAUGUUUUUUCACUCACGGAGGAAUUAAGAAUUUUUGGGAUGAUUAUAUUUCUACUUGCAUUAUUCUUUUAUUUUUAGUACAUCCUAGCAUUAUUAAAAAAAUGUUUGCUUCAUUUAAUUGCACAGAAAUUAAUUCAGGAGAAUAUUGGCUAGAAGAAGACCUUGAUAUAAGAUGCUGGGACGAUGAGCAUAAAUUUUACGUUUUGGUGGUCUCUUUGCCAUCUAUUCUUUUCUGGGGAAUAUUAUUGCCUACUAUCUGCUUGGUUGCCCUAAUUAGGAAGAGAGGACACUUGGAGGAACUAAAUGUGAGACUUCGUUAUGGGUUUUUAUUUAAUGGAUAUCAUUUAAAGCAAUAUUAUUGGGAAUUCAUUAUCAUCUACAGCAAAAUUAUUCUAAUCUGCUGUUCUGUCUUUUUGACAAACAUUGCACCAAAAAUUCAAGCGCUGAUUGCAGCAAUACUUUUGACAGUAUUUUUGCAUAUCCAGUAUUCUAAUAGUCCUUAUGUUGAGGCGAACUUAAACCAUUUAGAGCUGCAAGCUAAGUUUGUGUGCGUUAUUACAGUAUAUAGUGGAUUAUUUUAUUUGACUGGGUCUCUUGGAGAUAAUGCUAGCUUAUUCUUCUUUUUUAUCAUUCUUAUUGCUAAUUGCUACUUCUUGGCCUACUGGACUUUUUGCAUUUUCAGAGUGCUUUUUUGUUUUAUUUAUCAAAAAACCAAAAUUUGGCGAAGCCGCUAUAGAAUUUCUAACGAUCCAGAUAUCGAAAAAAUUAGAAGCCAAAUCAUUAUAAGCCAUCAUGGAUCGAAUGAAAAUUUUGAAGCCAGUUUAAGCAAUGAGCAAUCCUAUCUAGCUCACACCUCUAUUGAAAGAAUUUUUUUUUUUUAUUUUGCAAUAUAUAAACUUCUGAAAUUUUAAAAAAAAUCCAAAAUUAGAAAGUAAAGACUAAUUUAAUUUGUAAAAUUUAUGCUUUGACUAAAAAUUAUUUAAGUUUUACGGAAUAAGCUAGAGAUUUCAUUAUAAUAAUUAUAGCUUAUAUAUUAUCGUUAGUUGCUUAAAUUGCAACUUUCACAUGUGGAAUCAUCUUUUCAACACUUGGAAAAUAUUCCAAAUUUAGGUGGUAAAGUUGCAAUUUAAGCAACUAAACUAUAAAAUAAUUUUUUUUGGCUUGCGGAGAGUGGUUUUUCCUAAAAAAUAGGGAAUUUUCCAAUAUUUUUGCUCUCUUACAGAAAGGGAUUAAGUAAUAAUGAAAGCCAGAAAAAUGAAAUAAGCAUCGAUUAUGAUGAGAGUCUUAAUAAAAGAUAA